UGCUGGAUGACUGGACGUCCGGGUAUCUUCUCCCCUGCAACCAUGUUUAUCACAGUGCUGUUUGGAGCUGGCUGCAGGGAGCUGGUGAACCCCUGGUGCAGUCUGGUGAUUCUCACUGCCCACCUGAGGAAGAAGGGGCAGGUGCCCCCAGAUGCAACCAUUGCCCUCCUGGCUGAGGACGGGCACCUGGUGAACCUGGAGAAGGGCCUGCAGGAGGCUUCCCAGGACCCCGCCACAGGCAGCCCCCUGCUGCAGGAACGUGGGACCUAUGUCCUCGUGCAGAUCAUCAAUGAGGAGGGUGGGGCUUUUACCCGCUAUGAGUCCCUAUUGGAGAACCUGGAUGACUGGUGUCCAGAGCUGGCAGGCCCCGUGACUGGGCACCACAGCCAAGUGGCCGAGCUGGACUCAGACCCGGAGGUUGGCCAUGACCUCUAUCUUGUGUGAUCAUGCCCGAACAGACAGCAGCCCAGCAGCAUUCCUCUUACGGAAUCUGGAAUUACUGAGAAGUUGUAUUAGCAAGUGCGGCAAGGUCACAGACAGGAUGUGAGGUUGCUGGAGGCCCCUAAGAUGUGGGUGCACAGAGGGGAUCCAGAAACAGAGAUAAGAAAGGCGGAGGAGGCAGGCAUCCCUGAGAGGGGAGAUGACCAGGAUUCCAGCUCCCAGAGUCAGCUGCCCAUGAGGUCACCUGCUAAUGCCUCACCUCGGCUUUGACUGCCAGAGGCUAUUGGAUUACAACAGGGUUCCUCCCUUCUCACCCAGGAGGCCAGCUUAAAGUGAAUCACCCCACCCCCAGCCCCACCCCACCCCACCUCAUCAACCUGGGUGCUUCCAUCAGAUAGGCCAGUGAGAGGGCACACAGCAGGCUCGGGUCUAAAAUAAACCUUUUAAUUGCACAUUUGUGGCUCAGGUCAUCUAUGGGGUGAGAAACCCUCUCCUUACUCCCAAUCACAGUUACAUGGGUACAAUCU